UGAAUUUUAGGUUUAGCUAUAAAAGUGGCCGUGGUUUAGUUCCCACUGGAGUUAGAGUUGUAGAGAGUGAGUAGCGAUGACGUACUACUACGAUCCUUACAGAAGAAGCGCCGCUUCGUCGUUCCUGGACGCCUUUUCUCUGAAUCCUCUCCCGUACCCCGUUCUUCUAAUCCUAGCAGUGAUCUGCAUCUUUCUGGGUCUCCAAUGGUACGUAUCCUACGAGGAAGUGGUGGAGUCCGCGGAGGAAGGGUUUGGUUGGUUGCUACUGGUGGUGCCGCUGGUGUUGAUACUAGCCGUGCGGUGGCUGUCGAGUAUGGAGACUCCGGAGUGGCUGUUCUGGGGGUCGUCACCGUGGGACCGGCGUAGGAAGAUGAUGUAUUUCGGGUCGUCGUCAGAAGGAAGCUCGCCCUGGGGCGUGGCUGCCUUGAUCAUCUUGUUACUCAUCUUGCUCCAGUUCCAGUCUACUUUUCUUGAUAUGUGGUCUCUGUAGCUUCCUUCCUUCCUUCUGGAUAUGUAAACUUAUCUUUGUUUAAAACCGCUCAUCAGUAUGUAGUGUGUACAUGGAUGUGCUUUGUUUGAAUUAGUUAAUCAUAGCAAAAUGAUAUUGUGCGAGUGAAUUGUUCAUAUUUCAUACCCGUUACCCAGUAA